AGAUAUAAUUCAGCUACACACAUACAGGCAUCCCAAAUUUGUAAGCUCUGUAAAUUCAAAACCAGAACAGCUGCAGGCCAGUGGCGAACUUUAUUGGUCAGCGGAGAACUCAAACCAUGGAUAGAAACCACAAGUCGGAGGGGUUUGGACGCUCAACGUCUAGUAGCAGUCGCCGCGUCAUGUGGAAGCUCAACGAGGAGGAGGAGACCUUCGACUCCUUGGUCAAUUAUCGCCGGCAUCCUUCGCGCAGCCGGAACCGAAAUAAGGUAUCCGAUGUGCCCACCAAGGGACGCACUGCCUCUGAAAACUGUCAGCUGCCAUCGCAAGAGUUGGAAACACAGAGCGCCAGCAACGAACAAGGUGCAUUGGGCAACAUGUCGGCUAGCCCACCACAAACAACCAGGAAUCCCCAUCAAUCUUCGGCAACGUCACUGCCGGAGGCCAAGGGAUGCACUGCCUCCGAAAACUGCCAGUUGCUAUCGCAAGAGGUGGAAACAAAGAGCGCCAGCAACGAUCAAGGUGCAUUGGGCAAAAUGUCGGUUAGCCUGCCGCAACAAAGCUGGAAUGCCAAUCAAUCGUCGGCCACGUCACUGCCGGAGGCCAAGGAGAUCAGCUCCAAAGAGCAGGCGAUCAUCUACUGGCGGCGUCUUUUCGACGGUAUCCACAAGCGUCAACGUGGCGAAAGGAAAAUUUCAGCAAUGCAGCCCGAGAAUCCCACAGAUGUCGUGCUGACGUCCAAGACAAACCUGGCAUUGCGCUACAAGCCCUCCCACGAAUCGCUUAAGAACAAGCGGAUCAAGGACCUGGCUCCUGAACGAUGCCCGAGCACGUCACGGGGAUCAACGUCCUGCAAACUGGUAUCGGAUCUCAAGAUGGAGACGUUCAGCCUGCCGCCGCAGCAGACGUGUGUUGUGCGCGAAGUGGAGCCACGGUUUGGCCGACGCCGACGCAUGUUGUUGGCCAACGACACGGAUUCAUGCUACUCCGGCGAGCUGGAGGUCCCCAAAAACAGUCCCGUCCAGGAGCCAGGAUCCUAUCCACGCAGCGAACUGAUCAGUGUCCAUGUCUCGGCGCCCACCAGCUGCUCGUUUACGGGAGCGACACGGCGGAAUCCGUUUCCAACUAGGCAUCGCACUGCGGCGAGCAAGGUGGCCGCCGAGACGAAGGGCGGACCAUCACCAGCAGUGGGGGGCAACAAGUGCUCGAGUGUCAGCAGUGGGAGCGCAGGUACCAACCAACUGCCCAAUUUCCGCCAGCGGCAGCAAGAGCUCCAUCGCUAUCGCGUUAUGAUCGAGCAACGGCGCCUCGAUCUCCUCGAGCUCAAGAUAGCCCGCGAACGCGAGGAGGCGCUGCACAGCGAGGUCCUGUUCCACAAGGAACUGCAGAUCAAGGAGAACAUGAUCAAGGUGUACGAGGACAACGACUGCUCCAACGCCUAGGACUUCCAUUAUUCCUAACUCUUUCGACCCAAAAUUCAUAAUGGUAUUUUACAGUUGGCAAUGGCCCUGGCCUCAGUAGUUCAGAACACUCAAUCAAAUAAAACCGAAAUUCAUUUAGUCAUCCCAA